AGUGAACACAGAGCCGCUGUUUGAUUAUGAAUCUAUAGAAUUAAUGUUCCUGUCUCAGAUUCUGGUUCUGAUUACGUCACUGAUGGAACGGAGACUAAUUCCAAAACUUAAACUAGAGUUUAGGGUUAGUUUAAAACGCAGCAGCAGAUCUGAAGGUUAAACAUGACACAUUUACUAUUGAUACUAUUAUAGUUGAUCUACCUGCUUCUGUCAUACUUUUAUUGUGAAGACUUCCGGUCUUCCUCCAUCUCGGUGUGUACUGAAACUUGACUAUUUCCGGUCUGCCGACAUUAAGCCUCCAGCAGCUUCUCGUCUUAGUCUCAGUCCCUCAGUGUCCCGGUCUGUCUGUCUGUGUCUCGGUCGGGUCAGACAUGUCGAAGCUCGACGUGUUGCGGCUGUUUGUGGACCAGCGGCUCUCCGCGCUCACUGACGACAUCUUCCACCGUUUCGCCAGAAUGAUCGCUGAAUACGAGCACGAAGUUUUCCGGUUAAAACAAGAACUGGACCGACAGAGACGAUUGCAGGACCCGACUGGACGAGCCGGGGACCGAGCGGGGGACCGAGCAGCAGGUGUACUGCAGGUUUUCACCACAGAAGGAGAACAACUGGUGAGGGGGCGGAGCUUCUGUCCCGACAUUAAGCAGGAAGAGGGUGGGACUUUGGGAGAAGAGGAGCCCAACAUCAUGUUCACACAAAGUCCUGAUUGGCUGAUGGAGAGACUUGAAAGAGCGCAGAGUCCGUUGUCCAAUCAAAUCCAGUUCUCUGAGGAAGAGGUGGGGCCUCAACAUGCUGUCAACAAACAGGAAGUGCUCAGAGUCAAACAGGAAGUGGAUAAGGGUGUUGUUCAGAAUUUUACCACAGAAGGCAAGCAACAGACGAGGGGGCGGGGCUUCCGUCUGCAUGUCAAAAAGGAGGAGGGCGGCACUUCAGGACCAGAUGACAUUGUCACAGAGUUCACACAGAGUCCUGAUUGGCUGAUGGACGGCUACGAGGACGAGGGCAGUUCUUCAUCCUAUCAUAUCCAGUCCCAGAGAGAGGAGGUGGAGUCUGACCACCACAGGAACCAUUUAGAUUCAGGCACUGAAGACAGUGAUGAUGCCCAGCUGGGACCAGGUCUCCAGAGGACUGGGGGAUCUGGGACUGACCCUCCUGUAGACCAGAAGCUGCUGGUCUGUGGCAGCUGUGGUCGAGAGUUCAGCUCAAGUCGAACUCUGAGGAAACACAUCAGAAGAAACACGUCUCAGGACCAGGACCUGAUGUCCUGCAGCCUCCGCAGACAGAGGGUCCCCUUCCAGAGUCCUGCCAAGUCCUUCAUCUGCAGGAUCUGCGGGAGUUCCUUCUACACUCAGGGGAUUCUGGUCCGGCACGCAGAGAACCACUGCAAGGAGCCCGAGAGCCGGUGUGGGGCCUGCGGGGAUUGUCUGGAGUCUACCGAGGUCCUGAGAGACCACCUGCGGUCCCACAAAGAGCUGGGCAGCACCUGUGAUGUCUGUGGGAAGAAGUGCAGCUCCAUCAAGAGGAUGGAGAUCCACAAACGGGUCCACACGGGGGAAAAACCGUACCGUUGCGGAUUCUGCAGCAGGGACUUCAGCCGGAAGGAGAGUCUGGAGAGACACCUGAAGGUCCACAGUGGGGACAGACCGCACCGCUGUGGACUGUGCAGGAGGACCUUCACCAGGAGGGAGUACCUGGUCCACCACCUGAAGAUCAGCCACAUGGAGAAACCAGGUCCACCUGCAGGGACUGCAUAGAGAGACCAGGUCCACUUGCAGGGACUGCAUAGAGAGACCAGGUCCACUUGCAGGGACUGCAUAGAGAGACCAGGUCCACUUGCAGGGACUGCAUAGAGAGACCAGGUCCACUUGCAGGGACUGAGAUGUUCAGUACUGAGACUUAAACUGUGAAACUAAUUAAAACAGAAAAUUUCGGGUCAGAAAUCAGCCUGAAGGAUUCCAGAAAGUCAAUUAGACCUGAACAGGAUCUGAUCUGAACCAGCUCUGAAUAGGAUCAGCUUCCCAGCAGCUGGACUCAGAACUUUGAAACAGUUGAUAAUGAAUGACUGUUAUCUAGAGGACAUUUUAGGACAGCAUCCUGAUUUAAAGAAACAUGCACAUGAAUCUUCUUCUUCUGUGGUCCCAGCAGUCAUAUGACACAUGACUGGUGACGUCAGCCUGGACUCAGGUGACGUCAGCCUGGACUCAGGUGACGUCAGCCUGGACUCAGGUGACGUCAGCCUGGACUCAGGUGACGUCAGCCUGGACUCAGGUGACAUCAGCGGGGACAGGAUCAUUGGCUCAGAUCUGAUUUGAUCAUCUGAAGGCUUUAGAGGGAUGUUCUGUAUCAAUUAAAGUUUUUAAUGUGUACAAUUGAAAUGUUAAUAAAGAUUUUAAUAUUUUCUACCUCAGAAACUCUCAGCAGGUGCAGAAUCAUCUGGUUCACCUGUUCUCUUAUUUCAUAUUAAAUCAAACCAAGUGAAUCAUCUAA